UUGAACACCGUUCACGCUGUUUACGCGCGACAAUUUGCAUUUGCACAGUUUCCAUCUGGAUGUUGAGUUAAAAAUCAUCGUUGAAUCAAUUAUAAGUAGUACGUCCAAUUUUGUUUUUGACCAAGACAAUCGCAGACGCAGGGAUUAUUACAAAUUACAAUGGAAGUCUUUAAGUUAAAUUUUUUUCAGUUAUUAAAGACAGUAUUCAAGGACAACUUGUAUUUGAAUUGCACCAAAGUAUACAUUUCUCCCCAAGUCCAAUCAAUAGCAACAGCCAUAAAAGUUGCCAUUAAGGAAUAUUUUUGGAGAGCAUUAGAAAUAAUUAUUGUCUUAUUAGACAUAAACUAUUUAUGUUUAUUGGUGCCCAAACUAAAUUUAUUGCCAAAUGAGACCUGUUUUAAUUUGUCAGAUUAUGAUGUACCAUUGAGCAUUUAUGAUAUCUCCAAACUUAUUCUAUCCAUAUUAUUCUCGCAUUUUUACUUAAAAUAUUUUAAGUAUAGAGUUGGAUGGGAAAGUCAUAAAUGGCUGGAAAAUGUUAUAAUAAUUGGAUCAUACAUUGGAGUAUUCUCAAUAGUCUUAAUAUUGGGCUGCAUCGGCUUGAUUAUAAUUCCAAAUACUACUUUUGAAAAAAUAUAUUUUUUUAUUUUGCUUAUUGUAAGCUAUUUUGUUUAUUAUAAGGCAUGCACAAAAGAUUGGUUUGAUAAGUACAUAUACUCAGCAUGUUAUACCUACACUUCCACUGUUAACCACAUAGUAUUGAAAGAUCGGCAAUAUUUGAUAGUAUCUAAUUUAGCAACACGCUGGCAUACUAAAAAAGUAAAGAAAAUUACACAGGAGGAAAAUAAAAUAGCUCAAUCAUCACCACAGGAUCCAAGAUUAAAUAGACAUGUUGUAGUAAAUAAGGACCUGAAUGAUAUCUACAGUCAACCUUCAUCCUUGAAUAAAUCUCAGUCCCAAGAUGGCGAAGGUGAAUAUCUCAUUUCUACUCGGAUUGUGCGCCCAGAUUCUUAUUAUCACCAAUUAGAUACUUCUGCCUGGGGAAAGUCUGAGUUGAAUGAAUACCCCAACAAAUCACGCCAAUACAAGCUUAUUCCGAUGUAAACAGACAACAGUGGAACGCUCAAUACUAUUCUGCUUGUUUUCUGUUUGCCAUCACCAAGUGUCCAAGCCUAGCAGAAUUUUAUCUCUUGCUGAUAGUUCAAUUGUGUCAUGUGGUUUUUGUACAGCAUGUUGUAACUAUAUAUUAAUAUAAAUAUUAUAUACUAUUAAUAAGUUAACACAAAUAAUUACUGUAUGACUAGGUAUAUAAUUGUUAAUGUACCUAAUUGAGUUGUUAAGACAAUUACUAUAUUCUUUUGGCUGUGAAUUUAUUGUAGAACAAUGUUUUUAUAUUAUUUGAAAUGAAACCAAUUAACAGUAU